AUGACAUCAAAGGCAUCGAAAGCUGCGUUGCUACUCGCACUUCUUAGCCCCGUCUAUGCAUGCGUACCCAUAGGGGGAGAUUAUGAUCCCCUUGCUCAAGCCCGACUUGGGGACGCCCCAUGGAGAGUUAAUGAAAGCAUAUGGCUGGCUAUCAUGGCCAAUCCCGACAUUAAAAAAACGUAUCCAAUCGUUGGGUAUAACACGAGUAUGUCUUUCCCAGGCGAGGAAAUCGACGGGUGGACGGUUUCUGUGAGCGUCCAGAAGAGCGUCCCUGCCAAAGGGAACAUCGAAACUAACAACCCGGAUGGCGUGUUUGCUCUCAGCUUGUACAGGCUCAAUCCACCAGCGGCGCUUGUCAAAGAGCAGAUUGAAAAUAAUGGCUUUUACGUCCCCCAUAGCUCAUGGGCUAUUAUGUUCGGCUUCGAACGACUUGAAGGAGACCGGCUCGCGGAGCUUAAUGACGACGAUGGGUCUUGCACGAAGAUGCUUGACGAGGACUGCCUCGAACAAAUCUCCGCGAGAGGCGAAUAUCAGGGUUGUCUCGACCCAAUCGACGCAGUUGUCGUGACCGGAAGGAGGGUGAUGAACAUGACGGACAUGGCGAGCGUUAUUGGGGAAAAGGCUGCGGCUAAUGUCGAUUGGUACUCGGGUUCUGAAAUCCAGUCGGCUGCUUCCAACGUGACAGAUAGCGCCAACGCAACAUCUGUCGAGCUGAUCGGAAACUUGGUGCAUGUCCUCACGAUUUCUUGGGCCAGCUUGAGGGAUUGGGAAGCUGGAAUCUCCAAUAACUCAGUUGGCCAAACGUUGCUCUGCCCGAGAACCGUCAACUAUACAACCGUGAGCUUUGAGAAUGGUGCAGCCAGCGGUCCUCUCGCUUUCUUCUCUCUAGCUGCCGUUCUUCCUUUAGCGGCAGUUUUCUGGCUGGUUUGA